AUGCCUACUAUUCCUGUUGACAAGCAAGAUCUUUAUGAUCUCUUAGGUAGAGAAUAUACUACUGAAGAAUUCGACGAAUUGUGUUUUGAAUAUGGUCUUGAAUUAGAUGAAGAUACCACCGAUGAAUGUGUUGGAGAUGAAAGGCCUCAGUUAAAGAUUGAAAUACCUGCUAAUAGAUACGAUAUGUUAUGUAUCGAAGGUAUUGCCCAAGCUUUGAAUGAAUUCUUAGGGAGAAAAGAAGCUCCUAAAUAUACUUUCAAACCAGCCAAACCAGAAAUCAGUUUAACUAUUAAACAAUCAAGUGAAUCAAUCCGUCAAUAUGCUGCUGCUGCCAUUUUAAGAAACAUCAAAUUUGAUAAGAGACGUUACGAAUCAUUCAUUGCAUUACAAGAUAAAUUACAUUCUAACUUGUGUCGUAAUAGAACUUUGGUUGCCAUUGGUACUCAUGAUUUAGAUACCUUAACCCCACCAUUCACUUAUGAAGGUCUUGCACCAAAAGACUUUAAAUUCAUUCCAUUAAAUCAAACUAAAGAAAUGAAUGGUGAAGAAUUAAUGGAAUUUUAUGAAAAAGAUAAAAAUAUUGGUAAAUUCUUACAUAUUAUUAAAGAUUCUCCAGUUUAUCCUGUUAUGUUAGAUUCCAAGAGAACUGUUGCUUCUAUGCCACCAAUUAUUAAUUCUGAACAUUCUAAGAUUACUUUAGAUACCAAGAAUGUUUUCAUUGAUGUUACUGGUACUGAUAGAACCAAGACUGAAAUUGUGGUAAAUCAAAUGGUUGCUAUGUUUUCUAUGUAUUGUGAAGAACCAUUUGAAAUUGAACCAAUUCAAGUCAUAUCUGAACAUAAUAAUGAAUCUAGAAUCACUCCAACCAUUACUCCAAGAAUUGCUGAAGCUGAAAUUUCAUAUAUUAAUUCAUGUGUAGGAUUAGAUUAUUCUGGUGAAAAGAUUGCUCAAUUAUUAAAGAAAAUGUCCUUAAAUGCUAAAGUUUCCGCAACUAAAGAUGAUAUACUUGAAGUUCAAAUUCCAAUAAGUAGACCUGAUAUAUUACAUCAAUGUGAUAUUAUGGAAGAUGCUGCUGUUGCAUAUGGAUUCAACAAUUUAAAGAAAACCAAACCACAAGGUGAUUCAUUAGUGGCCGCUCCAUUACCAAUUAAUAAAGUUUCUGAUAUUUUAAGAUUAGCAUCAGCUCAAGCUGGAUUCUUAGAAGUCAUGCCAUUAACUUUAAGUUCUCAUGAUGAAAAUUUCAAAUUCUUAAGAACUGUUGAUGAUAAUACUCAAGCUGUUAAAUUAGAAAAUCCAAAGACUGUGGAAUAUCAAGUGGUUAGAACUACCUUAUUACCAGGUAUCUUAAAGACCAUUAAAGAAAACAGAAAGCAUUCCUUACCAAUUAAGGUCUUUGAAAGUGGUGAUGUUGUUUUUAAGAAUCCAGAAUUAGAAAGAGGUGCUUAUAAUCAAAGAAAUUGGGCUGCUAUCUAUGCAGGUAAAUCAUCUGGGUUUGAAUUUGUUCAAGGUUUAUUAGGAAAGAUUAUGCAAACUUUAAGAACUCCAUGGUUAGAAGAUCCAAUUAAAUCAACUGGUAGAGGUUAUUGGAUUGAAGAAGAUAAAGAAAACCCAACUUUCUUCCCAGGAAGAGGAGCCAAGGUUCUUUUCAGACAUCGUGAAGGUGCCAAAGUCCAAACCAUUGGAUCUAUUGGUGCUUUACAUCCCGAAGUUAUGACUUCAUUUGAAAUUCCUUAUGCCGCUUCAUCCGUUGAAAUCAAUGCUGAAGUUUUCUUAUAA